CUUUCAUCAACAUCUGUCAAUUUACUAAGGUUGACUAUUGCUGCGCGUACCGGCACUUUAAUAUGACGCGAAGCUUUGUUUACGAUUUUUCAAACGCGUUCUUCCACGAUGUUCAUACCAGUUUCAUUGGGUAAAUUAAAGACCAAGAAAUGAACAAUCAACUUGAAACAGACUCUUUCCAUGAGACUGGAAGUGAUGUGCCAGCGGAGCCGCAGACUUCUAAGCAGAACGUCGACGAUUUGCUUGGGCUGAACUUGAACACGGACGAGGCCAAGGAUACUACCAAACCUCGUGUACGUCGUCCCAGGUUCCUUCAAGAUACCCAUCUUUUAUCUGUUCGAGGAUUGAAAUAUGUUAGGAACAAUGCACAGAGAAGAGUGAGAAAGAAUAUCCAGCAUAAAAACGAGUACACGAACUUGACAAACCUCCUGACGUUUUACCAAAUCUGGGGCCAUAAUUUAUUCCCAAAGGCCAAGUUUAGUGACUUCUUAGAUAUGUGUGCCACUGCUGGGGCAAAGAAGCCUGUGAAGCACCUGAGAGAAACGUAUAAGUUACAAGAUAGGGGAAUCUACAUGGCUGAUGAGCUUCCUGAGAGACCUGGACUAUAUGGUGUGCCGGCUAAUGUUAUGCAUAAACAAAUAGGGGAGGAGUUGGAGGAAACGGUUUUGUCAGAGCGUGGGUUGCGUGACCAUGACUUAGACAGCACACAAGCGAGAGGAUCAAGCCGUGAUGAUGGACACCAGCCAGCGAGCCUUUUUGUUCCUGCUGAAGAGAAUGACGAAGACGGUGCACAAAAGAAUGGCCAUCAAGUCAACGACGAGGAUAGUAAUAUUACAAAGGCUGAUGGCGAUGCCAGAGGGAGCGAGAAGAAGAGCACCGAUGAAGGAUUUGACGAUGAGUUUGACGAUGAGUUUGACGACGACGACGACGACCUGCUGUUUGCCAAUAUUGGAGCCAAACCGGACUCCUCCACAACCACGACUAAUAUUGAGAAAGCGACCGCAAUGGAGAAAGACCCUACUUUGGAAGAAGACCCUACACUGGAAGAAUUCGACCAAUUCGAAGAGAUGGACGAACACGAGGCAGAACUAGAAGCGAUGCGUGAAUACGGCCUCUAAAACACCGCUUCAUUUAUUGUGUCAUAUCAUGUAGGCGCCUGGAUCACAGCAAAGCAUCUCUAUGUCCGACUCACACACCACGCACCGUUUAAUCACAUACCGUGUAUUUCACCAUCACUGGCAAGUGGAUACGAGCAAUUACUCCCGUCUUGACUCCGACU